AUGUAUGCGGCACUAUGGCCAUCGGAACGAGAAUCACCGACGCCUAUGACCUUGGUGAAAGAAAGUGUACCUGUAUCUGAAGAAGUGAGGGACUGUUUCCCAGGUGUUCAUUAUUCAGACAACGAAGAUUUGCACCAACAACCACGUUCCAAGGAAGGAACUUCCAACGUGACGGGAAUGCUCAGCCUUUUUCCAACUGUGCGGCCGUUAACGUUCCAGCGAGAUAAGGCAUAUUUCGUUAAGGACAGAAAGGUGAAACAGGUUAACUGCGCUGCAAUCUUUGAUGGCGACGAAAGUGAAACUGCGCUUGAAGAGCGCCUGGCUUCUGAAGACAAGCGUUAUUUCUUACAACCAAUUGAUUACAUAAACAUGACUUCAAACUGUUCAAAGUUUAUUUUGGAAAGGGGAUACGUUAUUGAUUCGCUUGACGAAAAUGAAUUUCCAAUUGCUUUUAGUAUUCUUAUGUAUACUGCGAUAGAACAGGCUGAACGAUUACUUCGUGCAAUAUAUCGUCCACAAAACGUAUACUGUUUCCAUAUAGACUCCAAAAGUGGAAUUGACCUGUAUCAUGCGAUGUCGCGCAUAGCCGAGUGCUUUGACAAUGUACACGUGCUGGAAAAACGCGUAGAUGUGCAAUGGGGCCACAUGUCCGUGCUUGAACCUGAAAUACUUUGUAUGAAGUACCUUUGGAACCGCAGCGCCAAAUGGAAAUAUUUUAUAAACCUGACUGGAAUGGAGUUUCCGCUCAAAACCAACUACGAACUAGUCCGUAUUCUGCAGGCCUACAAUGGUUCAAACGACAUAGAAGGAACUAUUAAAAGAGCUAUUCCAGACCGCUGGGCCAACGCAGGUCCUCCGCCAAAAGACAUUGCUUUAACAAAGGGUGGCGUUCAAAUUAUUGCAAGCCGGGGCUUUGUUGAUUUCGCUCUUCACGAUCCCCGCGCCGCUGAACUCCUGAACUGGACGCGAAAGACUAUGCACCCGGAUGAGACUUUCUUCACGACUUUGAAUCAUAAUCCGAUUUUAGGAGUACCAGGAUCAUACCGAGGCAUACCGGAGACGGACGAGGUUGUUAAGCCAUUCCUAGCACGCUACAUAAAUUGGUCUUGGGACACACUAGAGUGUCAUGGGAAGUAUGUCCAUAGUGUUUGUACCCAUAGCGCCCGCGAUCUCCCUCCCAUGAAGGACAGUAAAAAGUUGUUCGUGAACAAGUUUCACCAGGAGUUUCAUCCCCUGGCAUACGAUUGCCUCGAGGAGUUGCUGUUAAAUAGAACCAGAGACAGACACCUCGGACUUAGCAGUUUCAAUUCCACUUUUUAUUCUAACCUUGACUUUGUGAAAAAUAGAGUCGAACCCUGA